AUGCUUCCAUUUGUAAAACAUGUUCUUUUUGGGACCCCUUAUCAACAGUAUCAUCAAAUUGAAGACCCUCAGGCAUUUGCAAAUGACCCUCUGGCGUGGUCGAGGCCACUGGUUAGGUAUUACUCUGGCGAAUUCUCCAUGGCUGCGGUUCAGGCAAAUAGGGAUAUGGAAGAUAAGUGCCAAGUUGAAGUUGGCAUUGAUGCACUCUUUGUUGGAAUUUAUGAUGGCCAGAAAGGCGACACCGUUUCCAUCUUUCUUAGAGAGCAAAUGUUCAAUCAAAUUAUCACGCGGAUUCAGCAGAAUAAUAACAAUAUGAAUAUAAAUAUUCUGAUGCGAGCUGUUGCCCAACUUGAGAGAGCUUUUAUGGAGUCUGCUGGAAGAAAUAUUUUUGUUAGUUCAGGUUGUUUGAUUUGUUUCAUACGGAGAGGGACGUUAUAUGCUGCCAACGUUGGAGACUCGCGUGCUGUACUCGGUUCUCUGAUGGGCGUUGGUAAACUUAAAGGAUUGGUUAGUAAACAGCUGGUUAGAGAUCACAAUUUACGCGAUGGAGAUAUUCAAGAAGAACUCAGGCGCUUGCAGCCAAAUACUUAUGAUAAUUUGCAUACCUGUUUAUAUCUUGAGAACAAAGGUUCAAUCGAGACAACUAGAUGUAUAGGAUAUGCAUAUUUGAAGAAGGAGAUCAAUAUCAAUGAAAGCGAAAUCCCAAUUUGGGAAAGAGUGCCUCUACGUUUUACAAGACCUUUGCUAACAUCACAACCAGAUGUUUAUUCAAGAAUCUUAAGCAACUCUGAUAAAUUCAUUAUAUUUGGAUCUAGUGGAUUUUGGAAUUUGAUGUCAAAUAACUAUGCUGCUAAAGUUGUUAACACCAGUUCACGAGAUGGAAUCGCAGAAAGACUUGCCACACUUGCUUUACAGAAUGGGGCUAAAAAAAGGGGCAGAACAUAUAGUCAACUUAUAGGGUUGCCUAAGAGUAAUCAAAUUAGUGGGUCGGACAUACGCCUUUGCAAGUAUGAUCAAUUUAGAUCGGCUUAUCAUGAUGAUAUAACCGUAGUUGUUGUAUAUUUGGACAACAACAGGUCAAAUAGGGAGGGUGUGAUGCUAGAGAUGAACUCCUAUAGUGGCUGCGAUGACGGAUUUCAACAAUCAAAGUUUACAAAUUUCUAUAAUAAUGCUAAUGCUUGA